GCGGGAACGGCUCUGCCCGGGUGAGGGCUGGGGCCACUGCCCGGAUGAGGGGCGGGAACGGCUCUGCCCGGGUGAGGGCUGGGGACACUGCCCCGGUGAGGGGCGGGAACGGCUCUGCCCGGGUGAGGGCUGGGGGCACCGCCCCGGUGAGGGGCGGGAACGGCUCUGCCCGGGUGAGGGCUGGGGCCACUGCCCGGAUGAGGGGCGGGAACGGCUCUGCCCGGGUGAGGGCUGGGGGCACUGCCCGGAUGAGGGGCGGGAACGGCUCUGCCCGGGUGAGGGCUGGGGGCACCGCCCCGGUGAGGGGCGGGAACGGCUCUGCCCGGGAAAUAACCAAAGAGCUCAAAGCUGCGCUGGUGCCCCUCACUGCUGGUGCCCCCUCGCUGGUUCACAGCAGCAUCCGCCUGCCCAGGGGCACCUGAGGGCGCCGAGACAUCAGAUGCAUCUUCACACCAAUGGAUCAGGCAUCUACAAACAGCUCCAUUUCACUACCAGAACAUCCUCCAGCUGGACAGCAAACCCUAACCUUAGAAAAACAGUGAUCAUGCCAAAAUUUCUGUCAAGCUCACUGUGAUUAAUAGACCUCAGACUGUAAGGAGGGAGUAUUGAUAUCAUAAAUAACACACUUCAUAAAGAAGGUUAAUUUUCAGACUAUCCAGAAGCAAUCUACAGACCCCUAAAAGUCAUAGGCAGGCUGAAAAUGAAGAUAAUUCUCCCAAUACUGCCAGCAAAAUAACUUAUGGAGCAGUGUUUUCCCUAGCGAGCUCACAUGUAAGUGCCUAACCUAAGACUCUUAAAGUAAUCAUCUUAUCAGCCCUUACUAUGUCAUCCUGUACCCUUAAAGAAAGACAAAAAUAGACUGUUGAAGGAUUUAUGAUGAAAACACUCCUGUUCUCAUAAACUUGCAUCUGAGCCUAGGUGAAUGGUUUCCUGCAUGCUGGGAAAAGGAAUGAAUUAAAAAUAAAUUAGAAGAAUAUGAAGAGAUCAAAUAAUAGAUUUUUAAUAUUUGUUAUCUGGAUAAUGAGCAUAGCAGAGAAACUGGAAAGUAAUUUGCUAAGUGAGACAAGCAGUAAGACACUCAGGAAGAUGGAAUGGAAAUAUCUUGGGGAAUAUCUGGCAAAUUAAACAAUUUCAAUUAGGCUUACGAGAAAACAAGGAAAUCCAUGCCAGAUUGAGGAGAGAAGCAUUGAAAAUCACUUGGAAUCCUGAUGGCUUCUCAAAUAACCCAUCAAUUCAGAGCAUUGUGAUUCUCAGAGCAGUAGGCAGCUCAGAGAAAUUUAAGUUAUUAAUUCCCCUUUUUGUUUUCCCCCAAGGAAAAUAAAUCUUCUACUUAAGUAUACAAAACCAAGAUUUUACUGGUAAAGUUAAAGAGGUUAUUAUGAAAGAUCAAGUUUAUUAUCACUGAUGUGUUUGGUUAAGGUCUCAAGAGCAAAAUAAAAACGUUCCUGAAUGGAAGCUGCUUCACCCCACCUUUUUUUUUUUUUUUUAAGAAUUUUUAAAAUAAACUUAUAAACCCCACAGUAAAUAUUGCUCAGCUGCUGCAACAAACCAAAUGUAGCAGAGUACCUGACCUUUUGUUAUUUUUAAAAUGCACUGGCUUCUUCCUCACAAAUAAUGACUGUUUUAGCAUUUAUCAACAAAAUAUGCAUAGAAAAGUAAGGUGAGCUUGAUUAAAAUAGUCACUGACUAAAGGAACUUUCUGGCAGUUUUACUGGUGACAUCCUAAAAUAAACGUAUUGAAAAAAAAAGAAUACUUGGCCAAAUGUAAUUUAUCAUGAACAAAGUCUCUAAUAUUCCAUAUUCCAGGGCCAAAAGCUUUGAUCCUUGCUGGAGACGUGGUAUUGAGGAGCAGAUUGUUAGACAGACCUAUCAUGGUAAUUCCUGUGUUGCCACAGUCUAAACACAGCUCCUGGAACAACUCAUUGCACCUACACAGGCCUUACAAAGUGCUCAGCUAAACAUCUGCCUGCAAUCAAAUGCAGGAACAACUAACAACAAGGAUAUCCUGUUAACAGCAUAAGCCUAUUUUGUAGUAUGCUUUCCUUCUAAUUCAUCAGGAGAAAUCUGGCUUUUUCUAGGAGUUUUUUAAGCUUUCUAACAGUAAUUA